AUGGAUUAAUAUAAAAUAGUGAAGCGAUUGGGAGAUGGAACUUAUGGGUGCGUCUACAAAGCAACAAAUAUCAACACUGGAUAGAUAGUUGCCAUAAAAAAGUUCAAAAAAAAAUAUACUUCUUGGGAUGAAUGUGUAAACCUAAGAGAAGUAAAAGCAUUAUAAAAAUUAAAACAUCCCAAUAUUAUAAAACUAGUCGAAGUAUUCAAAGAAAAGGAUGAGUUGAAUUUGGUUUUCGAAUUUUUAGAUAAGGAUAUUUAUCAACAAUAUUUAGAAAAUCAAAAUAAUGGAAAACAUUUGUCUGAAGAUAAGAUUAGGUCUGUAAUAAAAUAAGUAACUGAAGGUUUGGCAUAUAUGCACAAAGUUGGAUAUUUUCAUAGAGAUCUAAAACCAGAAAAUCUAUUAGUAUCAGGGGAAACUGUUAAAAUAUGUGAUUUUGGACUAGCAAGAGAAAUUAGAUCGAAACCUCCAUAUACUGAUUAUGUUGCUACAAGAUGGUAUAGAGCACCAGAAAUCUUACUGAAAUCUCCAUAUUAUAAUUCACCAGUUGAUAUAUUUGCACUAGGAUGUAUAAUGGCGGAACUAUACACUCUCAAACCAUUAUUUAAUGGAAGUUCAGAAUUAGAUCAGCUUUUUAAACUUUGUUAAACUUUAGGUACACCAAAUGUUAGAGAUUGGCCCGAAUCAUAAAAAUUAGCGAACGCUGCCAAUAUCACAUUUCCAACAUAUAGUCCUGUCCUUUUGGAAAAAGUUAUUCCAAAUGCGUCAUCGGAGGCAAUCGAUCUUAUUAGAGAUAUGUUAAAGUAUGAUCCUUAAAAAAGACCUUCUGCUAAGUAGAUUUUGGAAUACCCUUAUUUUACUAAAUAUUGUUUCCCUAUGAUCUAAUAAAUAGAGAAUAAAUAGGAAUUUCCAAAAAUAGAUAGAAUGGAAAGACAUGAAAAAUAAGAUGAUAUUUUUGAAUUACCUAAAGUCAAUAAUAAGGAGAAUAGAAAUAAAAUGAAUGAAUCUAAUUCUAACUUUUUAGACAUUUUGGAAUAAAGGAUGGCUGACUAUGAGAGGCCAACGAAAAAGGAAGUCUCAAUACAUAAGAGUAGCGUGAAGGAAUCUAAAGAAUAUUAAGCAUCAAAAGAUUAUAGAGAAUCAAAUCUGCCGAUGAUACAAAAUAAUUAACCCAAAGAUUACAUAAUGUCUAAGGAAUUCUCUUAGAAUGAUUCUCUAGAUCCUAGAAUUGAUUCUAGAAAUAAAAAAGGAUAAGCCGGAUUGAAAUUCUUAAGACACAACGAUCCUAUAGGGGACCAACUUAGGAAUCAAUAAUAAUAAAGUAUUUAGUAAUCAAGAUCUUAUGAACCGACAAAAAGAAAUAUUUAUGAUUUUAAUCUCAUAUAAAUGCCAAUAGCUAAACCUACAUUUUAACCUAAAUUGGAAAUGCCGAAAUAGAAUAAAAAUUAGAUAUUUGGAUCAAAUUAUCCAAAAUCUUUGCCUAUCGCUCCAAAUAUGGGAUAUAAGUAUUAACAAUAAUAACAAUAAUAAUAAUAUAAAUUUGAUGACAUCUUAUAUGGUAAACCUCCGCUUAAAUAGUAUUAUUGA